UGAGGAAUCAAAGAUGAACUUGGAGCAGGAGAGGCCUUUUGUCUGCAGUGCCCCAGGCUGCUCACAGCGUUUUCCAACAGAGGAUCAUCUGAUGAUUCACAGGCACAAACAUGAAAUGACUUUGAAGUUUCCUUCAAUAAAAACAGAUAAUAUGUUAUCAGAUCAGACUCCUACACCAACUCGCUUUCUGAAGAACUGUGAGGAAGUGGGCCUCUUCAACGACAUCGAUUGCUCCCUAGAGCACGAGUUUAGGAAGGCACAAGAAGAAGAGAACAACAAAAGGAAUAUCUCCAUGCAUAACACAGUUGGAGGAGCAAUGGCAGGACCUGGAUCUCACCAGCUGACAAAUACAAGGAUGCCAAACCAUGACACCAGCGUUGUGAUUCAACAAGCCAUGCCAUCUCCACAGUCCAGUUCGGUCAUUACACAAGCACCUUCCACAAAUCGACAGAUUGGGCCUGUCCCAGGUUCUCUGUCUUCACUACUGCACCUACACAACCGACAAAGACAGCCUAUGCCUGCCUCUAUGCCCGGCACCCUGCCCAACCCUACCAUGCCUGGAUCUUCUGCUGUACUCAUGCCUAUGGAGCGACAAAUGUCAAUGAACUCCAACAUCAUGGGGAUGCAGGGGCCGAACAUCAAUAAUCCGUGUGCUUCACCUCAAGUCCCCCCAAUGCAUUCAGAAGCCAAAAUGAGACUGAAGGCAGCGCUGACUCAUCAUCCUGCCGCCAUGUCGAACGGGAAUAUGAACACCAUGGGCCACAUGAUGGAAAUGAUGAGCUCACGGCAGGACCAGACGCCACACCAUCAUAUGCACUCACAUCCUCAUCAGCACCAGACGCUGCCACCUCAUCACUCAUACCCGCAUCAGCACCAGCAUCCGGCGCACCAUCCUCAUCCUCAGCCUCAUCACCAGCAGAAUCAUCCCCACCACCACUCUCACUCGCACCUUCAUGCACACCCGGCACAUCACCAGACCUCGCCGCACCCCCCGCUGCACUCAGGCGGACAAGCACAGGUUUCGCCGGCGGCGCAGCAGAUGCAGCCCACGCAGACGAUACAGCCGCCGCAGCCGACUGGAGGUCGCCGGAGGAGGGUGGUGGACGAAGACCCGGAUGAGAGGAGGCGGAAAUUUCUGGAAAGGAACCGAGCCGCUGCCACGCGCUGCAGACAGAAGAGGAAGGUCUGGGUGAUGUCACUGGAAAAGAAAGCAGAAGAGCUCACCCAGACAAACAUGCAGCUUCAGAACGAGGUUUCGAUGCUGAAAAAUGAGGUAGCACAGCUGAAACAGUUAUUGUUAACACAUAAAGACUGUCCGAUAACAGCUAUGCAGAAAGAAUCGCAAGGAUAUCUAAGUCCCGAGAGCAGUCCUCCCGCGAGCCCGGUCCCAGCUUGCUCCCAGCAGCAAGUCAUCCAGCACAACACCAUCACGACCUCCUCCUCCGUCAGCGACGUCGUGGGAAGCUCCACUCUCACCCAGCUCGCCAGCCACAGAACAGACAUCAACCCCAUUCUUUAAAAGUGGUUGAUCAGAAACUGCUAGGGGAGUGUGGUAGCGUAUCAAAGCGUCCUCUGUGCUAAGGACAUCUGCAACUGUAACUCAAGCCUGGAAGAUUCCUCAGUUCUUGAAAGACUCUGGCUUUCAUUUUUAUAGUUAUUAAAAUGUCUUUUAUACUUAGUUACAUAAAAGGGAGUUAUGCAAUUAAUAUGCUAUCAGCCUGAGAAAUGCUUUGGUGCUUUCUCCAGUUUUUUUGGUACCAGUUACUUGUUUAUAAACCUAGCUGUUUCUGUACAUAGUCAUGUUUCCUUCUCACCAAUCUAGCCUGAAGCCUCAGAAACAUGGAGUUGUGUAAAACUGCAGCUUGUUAGCCAACGUGAGGCAUGAAAAGUAUUAAACAGAGUCAUAUGUAGGUAACUAAGAGUAAUUAGGCUAUAAAUAUAGAGAGAGGGCAUCUGCUGACAGCAUAAUAAAAAAUGAGUUAGCGUUGUGCUAUCAGCAGACCCCAUCUUGCGUUCAGAGCCUCUUUCAAAGCGGUUAUAUAGGAUGUGGCUAUCAGGACAAAACCAAGCCCAAAUAACAUGCUCUUUUGUCUAGCCCUCCCCCUUCUCCUCUCUCCCCUACCCUGGCUUUUUCCUCCUCCAGUUAUUCUUACACCUUCUUUUUCCCUUUCCAAACCCGUUUCAUCCCUCAGCUUUUUUUCCUGCUUUUUUUCAUUCCAAGGCUUUCUCGCUUCCCUCUCUUUUUCUCAAAAGAACAGUGAUGAACAAGGAAAAACUUCAAGCUCACCUAAAAACUGUCGGCACGGCUUCUGCUUUCACUAGCUCUUCACCCGCAGCUGGGCUGUGCUGAGCGUUUGGCUUUUAGAAAAUAGAAAUGCUCCUGAUUUAGUGUUUUUAAUAAACAGCAAAAGGCGAAAGCAGUGUGGCCCCAGGUGAAGCAGGAUUGAGAGCCAGCUGUGUUGAUGCUAGCAGCC